AUGCCUCGAUUCACCAGCCCAUUUGACGAAAGUCACCUUUUCUACCGCGACUACAAGCCAGCAGGCUUCCCUGCUCCCUUCAGACCAGACGAAGCGCACCUCAAGAACGAAAAACAAAAGCCCACCCUCGUCUUCCUCCAUGGCUGGCCAAUGUCCUCCAUCAUGUUCGAAAAGCUGACUCUCCCGCUCUGCGAAACUUACCGAUUCCGCUGCAUCGCGCCCGAUAGACGAGGAUUCGGUAACAGCGACUGGAUGGGCUCUAAACCCGUCGACAAACCAAUUGACUACGACGUGUUUGCCGCUGACCUAACUCACCUGCUGGAAACUCUCGAUGUCGGUCCAUUUGUUUUCAUCGGCGCUAGCAUGGGUCCCGGGGAGGCCGUACAUACAUAUAUGAACAGUGAAUACGUUCGCAAGAACUGCAGGGGAAUCAUUGGCAUUGGAGCUGCGCUGCCGUUCCCUCUCCAAACACCUGAGAAUCCAACAGCUACCUCCCGAGAGGCAUGGGAUGAUAUCCUGCAUAACCUCCGCUACAACCGUCCAGCAUACACCAAGGCAGCUUUACCUGCCAUACUAGGUCGGGAUGCAGGCUGCCAGGUUAGCGAUGAGUUGAUACAGCGGUACACCGAGCUUGUUCUCAGAGCAGAUGCGCAGGCUGUGGAGCGAUGUGUGCAGCUUAUUUCGUCAACGGAUUUCACUGAGAAGCUGAAGAAGCUGGAGAGCGAGACUGAUCUCCCCAUUACUUGUCUGCAUGGCGACAAGGAUGCUCCUGAGUCUCAGGUUGUCGUUCUAAAGAAGAUUGUCCCCAGGACGGUGGUGAAGAUGUAUGAGAAUGCUGCUCAUGGUCUGACUGAUACUCAUGACGAGCGCGUUAUCGCCGAUAUCCUGGAGUUUGUUGACGCCCUCAAGGUGUAG